CCACCUGACCAGGAAGAAGCUGUCAGUUGGACUCUUCUCUCGAUGGCGUGUUUGGAUCAACCUGUCUGCCUCUGUGUACACGUGUAGUCGAACCUGCUGCUCUGUCUCUGUCUGUGUCGUUUUGUUUUAACCAUGUCUGUAGUUAAAACGAUUUUAAAACUCUUCCUGUUCGCCGUAGUCACCGUCCUGGCCGUGCUGCUGCUGCGGCACUGGAUGGCCAACAAGCAGUACGUUUUCAACAAAGAAGACGUCGCCAAAUUGGCCAAACAGUACGCAGGACAGGACCAUGAACAGGCCUUCUCCAAAGUGGUGGUGGAGCUCAGAAAGAGGUAUCCUGGCCACAUCCUGCCAGACGAGGACCUGCAGUGGGUGUUUGUGAACGCCGGAGGUUGGAUGGGGUCCAUGUGUCUCCUCCACGCCUCGCUCACAGAGUACGUGCUGCUGUUUGGUACUGCAGUGGACACAGGAGGACACUCAGGUCGUUACUGGGCCGAGAUUUCUGACACCAUCAUAUCCGGCACCUUCAGACAGUGGAAGGAGGGGACAACAAAGAGUGAAAUGUACUACCCUGGUGACACCAUCGUACACGGUGUAGGCGAGGCCACUUCAGUCCAGUGGAGCACCGGGACGUGGAUGGUGGAGUAUGGCCGAGGUUUCAUCCCCUCCACGCUGGGAUUUGCUCUGGCAGACACCCUGUUCAGCACCCAGGACUUCCUUACAAUGUUCUACACCGCCCGUGUCUAUGUCAAGGGUCUGCUACUUGAGGCUGGUACACUACUUACAGAGGCCGGAGUUUUCUGAGGCACGGUCGAAGCUUGGACACCCGCACAGGGACAGUAACAUCAAAGGUUCGCCUUGUCAUUACACCACUUUACCCCUCAUCACGAACAUCUAGCAUGAGGAAAAAUCUGUGCUUGAUUAUUCUAGUAUAAAUAUGUUUACCGGGAAUUGAAGACAAUCUAAAUUUGCAUCCGUACACUACAUUCAAGUUCUUGCCCCCUGGUUAAGGCUACCCAAAAUAAAGUGGUUGAGUCCCUUUCUCCUGUGACAUUUAACUUGCAUCAACAACAACAACAACAACAACAACAGUGCAACAUUUACCACUGCCUUGCAUAAAGGCUGUACCACUCAACGAGUCCCACAGUGAUACUCAGCAUCUGACUCUACACAAUAAGCAUUACUCUGAGAGCUCAAACUGCCUGCAUAGUCAGUGAGGUCGUCAGUUUAUUUUAAAGAUCUGGCUUAAAGAAUGGAGCCCAUUAAACCUUUUUCCCAAGUAAAUUGCCAUAUCUGAGAUUUUUAUUCUGGGAAUAAGAUAUUUGUAACCAGACGUAUGAGUAAUAAUAUGAUUUUAAAAAAAAAAAAAAAAAAGAAAAUGGUGGUUGACAGCAAAUUUGGGGACCAAGGAAUCACUUUUAAAAUGAUAUGCAAUGCUUAAUUUGGUUUGUGAAACAAACAAAUAUACUGUAUAAUGCCAAGCCAAAUUAAACUAUUUUCUUAGUAAAUACCCAUGUCAUAUUUAUAUGCAUGCAGAUUCUCAGUAAGUGAGGGUCUUUAUGAAGAUCUAACUUCUUAAAAACCAAUCACAGAAACCAACAUCAAGAAGUCAAGAAGCAUGUUUGCUCCAAAGAUCAAGCCUCCCUUGAAAUUUGGCUCCAUUUCCUCAUUCACAAUUGAUCUGUUUAUACUAUACUAUAUUUUUUGGAAAAUGUUGAAAACCUGAGGGGGUAUGGUGGAGAAAACUGCCUGGAUGAAGAGUGUGCAACGUUCCAUUUUUUGGCUCAGUAAGUCAGGUUCAUACCAGCUCCGAGACAGCAGUGUUUUAAUGAUUAUAGAUACUCUGUCAUGGUGUGUGCUGACUACUUUAGAGCUACUUUGCAGCAACAGAUUUCACAUUUCACCCCAACCUUUUUGGGCUUAUUGAGUAAGGGUUCAGUCUUUUCUUCUCUCAGAACUUUGGUAUGGUUAUCCUUUAAAUCCAAACACAGUUGUAGCCCUCAGUUUUUCUUUUUUCUUUUCAAACUGUAAAGAAGAAAAUGUACACAACAUAUUCUGCACAAUGUUUGUUGCACUUAAACACCAAGAUAUACUUCUUUGGAGAAAUUUGCCCUUUAAAAUGUUUGUGCUAUUUCUAUUUGGCUUAGAUUAGGGGGAAAACACUGCAGUGUUAAACUGUACCUCUACACAUUUACUUCAUUCGUUUAAUGGGAUGGAUUGAACGUAUAACUUAAUUCAAAAACAGUACCUGGAGUUUUUCAGAGUUUUACAAGCUUAAUGGACAUGGCACAAUCAUUUUGAAAAUGUAAUUGUUGAGAUAAACGUGAAUAAUAUUGUGCUCUGAGUCUCACCAAGUGAGACUUCUAGGCUACAUUGUCCUCAGCCUCCGUUCAUUGUCGAGAACUUUGCACUAGCCCAACAGGACAAAAACAAAACGGUAUCGGCAGGCCUUGUCCUCUACAAUCCCACAUUGCAAUGUAAUGCUGAGAAGAAAUGGCAGAAAAUCAAAUCCUUUUGGAAAUAUUUGUUUAUUUCACGGGGAAUUGUAUUGUACAGGAAAAUCACUGCUGCUAAAUCCACCACCUCCAAGUCCAAGCCUUAAUUUCAGACCGAUGCCUAUAGCAAUCUAGGCACAUAUGGGAUUUCUGUGGGAGUGAAAUUAUACUGCAUAACUACCCAAACUGAAGUUAUUUGGUUUAUAUAAAGCAGCAUCAGUAGUAGUGUGGUCUCAUGGAUGUAUGGCAAAACAAAAAAACACUAUCUAUGUACCUUAAAUGUUGAUGAGAGGAUGUGCAAUUUACUGUAAGGUAAAAAUGAAGGCAGGAACGACAGUGCCAGAAGAAAUAAAUGUUUUUGAAUUAAAAAUGA